AGGGCGGGGUCAACCAAACGGCCCUGCUGAUAUCCUUCCGCUCUCACGACAUCCUGCACAGGAGGCGCCUUCCGCCACCGCCCGGCUUCUCAGUCAGUCGCUCCUUCCUUUGUGCCUUGCUGCCGGUCUCCUUUUGUUCCGGGAGGCUGCGGCAUUCCCCCGGCGGAUUCCCCUCUCUCUACGCAGCGAGAUGAUGACCGACGGCCGGGAAGACUCGGCGGAGCUUGUAGGAGAGGCCGCCCACCGCGGGCUUUCUGCUCGGGGAGCCCACAUAGCCGGCGGCGCGAACGGGCUGCUGGAGAAGGGGUUCGACAUGUAUAUCCGGGACCCCUUUGACGCGGAGCGGAACCCGCAGGGCAUUUUGAAUUUUGGAACAAGCGAGAACAGGCUUUGCUAUGAUUUAAUACACGGAAGGCUCACUAAACCUGACAUGACUUAUCUAGAGCCUCAUUUACUGCAGUACUCCGAUACACAGGGCAUUAAAAGCUUCAGAGAAGAAAUUGCAAAGUUUCUUACUGAGUAUGCAAAAGCUCCAUCAGCACUGGAUCCAGAACAUAUUACUGUGAUGAAUGGCUGUUGUGCCGUCUUCGCUACUCUUUCAACUGUAUUGUGUGAUCCUGGAGAUGGGUAUCUAAUUCCUGCUCCAUAUUAUGGUGGCAUAAAUUCCAAAACUUGGCUGUAUGGUGGAAUGCAGCCUGUUCACGUGCCCUUGUUCAGUGAGGUGACUAAUGAAGACGGUCGUCCAUUUCAGCUAACAAUUGAAAAAUUAGAAAUUGCAUAUAAGCGAGCGAUGGAGCAGGGCAUCCGAGUCAGAGCAUUAAUCCUGAUCAACCCUCACAAUCCAUUAGGGGACAUUUACCCAGCACAGUUACUGAAAGAAUGUCUAGAGUUUGCGCACAGAUAUCAAUUACACAUAAUAAUGGAUGAGAUUUACAUGCUGUCCGUAUAUGGUGAUACCACCUUCACAAGCAUCCUUAGUUUAGAUAGUUUACCAGAUCCUGACCGGACACAUUUUAUGUGGGGAUUUAGCAAGGAUUUUGGCAUGUGUGGUGUCAGAGUUGGCAUAUUAUAUACCAGAAAUGAUGAAGUCAGGAAAGCUGUUAAUAAGCUGGCAGUUUUUCAUGCAUGUCCUGGACCAGUGCAACAUGUUCUCAGCCAGUUUCUUAGUGACCGAGAAUGGCUGGAUAAUGUGUUUUUCCCUACCAACAGAAGAAGGCUUAAGGAAGCUCGGAAUAUUCUUGUGGAUGGUCUUGCAGAGAUAGGAAUACCUGUUUUUAAAAGCUCAGGAGGAUUAUACAUCUGGGCUGACUUCAGAAAAUUCUUAAAGUCACAGACAUUUGAAGCUGAAAUGGAUUUAUGGUGGAAGCUUCUCCAAGAAAAGCUUCUUAUUAGUCCUGGGAAAGCCUUUUGCUGUUAUGAACCUGGAUGGUUUAGAUUGGUCUUCUCUGAUUCAGUAGAUAAGAUUUACUUGUGCAUUCAGAGACUUCAACAAAUGCUGCAUGACAAGAUAGAUGAAUCCAUUCCCAUCUGUUCAUCUCUUGUAAAAAAUGAGUAUUGCAAGUCAGAUGAUGAAACUUCUAACUACAUGAGCACUUCAGUGGAUGAUGUUCCAGAAGGAUGUUCACACCUGAAAAAAAUAGCUGUUUUUUGAGAACUUGAAUACAGAUGCGUCAUGUUUUUCUUUUAUUGUAUAACUUCUCACUGUUUGUGAUUGUAACUUCACAGGCACGCCUUUCUUUCAUUGUAACUUGUAGUUAUCAACUUGGUUAGUAGAAUACUUGAACUGUUUUUUAUGUUUUUUGGAAUCUAGCAUGCAUUCUUCCCCAAUUUUCCUUUUCCUGGAGCACUGAAGCCUAACUUGGACAUGACAGUGGCAAAAUCCCAUGCCGAAUUCAUGAAUUGUAGAGGGGAUGAUUUAAAGUGCUUUGGGGUGGGAAGGAUGAAAAAGUUCAGUACUUAUUUCCCGACAAUAUUGCACUUUCCCCUGGUUUUAUAGGAAUUUGAUCAUGCCACUAUAACACCUAGGUUGGCCUCAAAGCAUGGCUGUAGCUUCAGGCUUGUUUACACUUCUCGGUAUUUAAAUUUGUUGAUAACAAAGACAUAACAUUAGUGCUUUGAAUAUGGACAGUUUGCUUAGUGUAUCUUGGCCCACCAAGAGCAAAACAACUUUAUACUAUGUAUACAUAUCUUAAAUUAGAAAAUACUGAAACAAAUAAUAACUAGCUACUGAAUUUCUUCUGAAUUGGUAGACAGCAAAAUGUUCAGUUAUUCAGAGUCCUUUAAAACACUGCUAAGAUUUCUGAAUGUGCACAACUGUAAACGCUUUCUACGAAAGUGUUCAAAUUUCUAGUUUCAUUCUUGGCUUUUUAAA